GCUGCGCCUUCGGCGGGAAGGUCUACGCCGUGGGCGAGACGUGGCACCCGGACCUGGGGGAGCCCUUCGGGGUGAUGCGCUGCGUGCUGUGCGCCUGUGAAGCGCCCCAGUGGGUUCGUCGCGGGAGGGGCCCUGGCAGGGUCAGCUGCAAAAACAUCAAGCCCGAGUGUCCAGCCUUGGUCUGCGGGCAGCCCCGCCAACUGCCAGGACACUGCUGCCAGACCUGCCCUCAGGGUAAGGACGGCUCCCGGGCCGGGCCGCCUGGACUAGGGCUGAUUGCGGAAGCCCGAGCGUCGCUUCCCCCUGGCACAGAGCGCAGCGACGUGGAGCAGCCGCCGCCAAGCCUGACCUUCGAGUAUCCCCGGGACCCGGAGCACCGCAGUUACAGCGAUCACAGCGAGCCAGGGGCCGAAGAGCGCGCGCGCACCGAGGGUCACUCGGACUUCUUGGCGCUGCUGACGGGGCCGAGGUCGCAGGCUGUGGCACGUGCCAGGGUCUCACUGCAGCGCUCCAGCCUCCGCUUCUCCAUCUCUUACCGGCAACUGGACCGCCCCAGCCGGGUCCGAUUCUCAGACGCCACGGGCCGCAUCCUGUUUGAACACCCUGCAGCUCCCACCCAAGAUGGCCUGGUCUGUGGGGUGUGGCGGGCAGUACCUCGGUUGUCUCUGCGGCUCCUCAGGGCAGAACAGGUGCAUGUGGCACUCGUGACACCCACUCACCCCUUGGGGGAGGUCUGGGGACCUCUUAUCCGGCACCGGGCCCUGGCUGCAGAGACCUUCAGUGCCACCCUGACUCUGGAAGGCCCCCAGCAGCAGGGUGCAGGGGGCAUUGCGGUGCUCACUCUUAGCGACACAGAAGACUCCUUGCAUUUUCUGCUGCUCUUCCGGGGGCUGCUGGAACCUGUGAAUGCAGGACCAGCCAAGGUUCCUGUGAGGCUCCAGAUUCUACAUGAGGGGCAGCUGCUGCGAGAACUCCAGGCCAACACCUCAGCCCAGGAUCCAGGCUUCGCUGAGGUGCUGCCCAGCCUGACAGCCCAGGAGAUGGACUGGCUGGUGCUGGGGGAGCUGCAGAUGGCACUGGAGAGGGCGGAUGGACCAGAGCUGCGCAUCAGUGGGCACAUUGCUGCCAGGCAGAGCUGUGAUGUCCUACAGAGUGUCCUUUGUGGGGCCGAUGCCCUGGUACCUGUGCACACGGGUGCUGCCGGCUCCGCCAGCCUCACACUGCUAGGAAAUGGCUCCCUGGUCUACCAGGUCCAAGUGGUGGGGACAGGCAGUGAGGUGGUGGCCAUGACACUGGAGACCAAGCCUCAGCGGAGGAAUCAGCGCACUGUCCUAUGCCACCUGGCUGCACUCCAGCCUGGAGGACACAUGGUUGUGGGUACCUGCUCUGGCCUGGGCGCCCGAGGGGCUCAUAUGCUGCUGCAGAAUGAGCUGUUCCUGAAUGUGGGCACCAAAGACUUCCUGGAUGGAGAGUUGCGGGGGCAUGUGGCUACCCUGCCCUACAGUGGGCACAGUGCCCGCCACGACACAUUGCCUGUGCCCCUGGCAGGAGCCCUGGUGCUGCCCCCUGUGCAGAGCCAGGCAGCAGGGCAUGCCUGGCUCUCCCUGGAUACUCACUGCCACCUGCACUAUGAGGUGCUGCUGGCUGGGCUUGGUGGCUCAGAACAGGGCACUGUCACAGCCCACCUCCUAGGGCCUCCUGGGAUACCAGGGCCCCGGCGGCUGCUGAAGGGAUUCUACGGCCCAGAGGCCCAGGGUGUGGUGAAGGACCUGGAGCCUGAGCUCCUGCGACACCUGGCGCAGGGCACUGCCUCCUUGCUGAUCACCACCAAAGGGAGCCCCAGAGGGGAGCUCCGUGGACAGGUGCACAUCAGCAACCAGUGUGAAGUGGGGGCCCAGCGCCUCACUGUGGCUGACACAGAGGGAAUGCGGAACCCUGGGGCUUUGGAUGUGGCUGCCAGACCAGGGGUACCUGCUGCCCCUGUGCCCGAGGCCUCUGUGCCUGCCAAACCUGGAGGCUCUGGGCGGCUCCGAGACCCCAACACAUGCUUCUUCGAGGGGCAGCAGCGCCCCCAUGGGGCUCGCUGGGCACCCAACUACGACCCGCUCUGUUCCCUCUGUACCUGCCAGAGACGAACUGUGAUCUGUGACCCUGUGGUGUGCCCACCCUCCAGCUGCCCACAUCCGGUGCAGGCACCUGAUCAGUGCUGCCCGGUGUGCCCUGAGAAGCAAGACACCAGAGACCGGCCUGGGCUGCCAAGGAGCCGGGACCCGGGAGAGGGCUGCUAUUUUGAUGGUGACCGGAGCUGGCGGGCAGCGGGUACCCGGUGGCACCCUGUCGUGCCCCCCUUUGGCUUAAUUAAGUGUGCUGUCUGCACCUGUAAGGUGGGCACUGGAGAGGUGCACUGUGAGAAAGUGCAAUGUCCCCGACUGGCCUGUGCCCAGCCUGUCCGCGCUAACCCCACUGACUGCUGCAAGCAGUGUCCAGGGUCCCAUCCCCAUCUGGGGGACUCCAUGCAGGCUGAUGGCCCCCGGGGCUGCCGUUUUGCGGGACAGUGGUUCCCAGAGAGCCAGAGCUGGCACCCGUCGGUACCCCCCUUUGGGGAGAUGAGCUGCAUCACAUGCAGAUGUGGGGCGGGGGUGCCCCACUGUGAGCGGGAUGACUGCUCGCUGUCACUGUCCUGUGGCUCAGGGAAGGACAGUCGGUGCUGCUCUCACUGCACACCUCGGCGGCCAGCCUCCGAGACCAGGACUGUUCCAGAGUUGGAGAAAGAAGCUGAAGGCACCUAGGGAAUAGCCGGAAGGGCACCUGACCCAGGGGACAGGGCUGAGCUGGGAGAAAGGGCGGUGCUGAGGACACUGCCUCCUUCUGUGCAGAAGCCCAGUGCCCUGAGGGCCUCGUUCUGCCUCUUCUCCUUCCCCCACUACCUCUGGGAACCACAGACCCACAAGGGAGAGAGGUGGCCAUGCCAGGCCAAGGCCAUAUCCACUCUGGCUCUGUCCUGCCACCCUCUGGCCUCUGACCUGGAAGCCCCACUCUUCUCCUUCUGUACGUAAUAAUGUCACUGGCUUGUUGGGAUUUUUAAUUUAUCCUCACUCAGCACCAAGGGCCCCCACUCCAUUCCUGCUGCCCCUGAGCUGAGCAGAGUCCUAAUUGGAGAGUGUGGUAUUUAUUAAAACAUUGUUUUUCAGUCUUUGG